GCCCCCGCCCGCUCCGCGGGGCCGCGCGCGGCUCCCGGCAGCGCUGGGCAGGGGACGCCUUCCGGCACGCGCAGCCGGGCGGCGGGCAGAGCUCUCCCGGCCGCGGAGAUAUGGAGUCUGGAGAGCGGUUAACGUCCUCGUCAAUCUCAUCUAGUGCAGCUACUUCAUCUCCAGUGUCUUCUACACCUUCUGUUCCUUCUGCAGUUUCCAAGGGUGGCCUUACCACUGGAGCUGCAUCACUGAGUUCCACAAUCAACACAUGCGAAUGGUGGCGGACAGCGGAUACACACUCUCGUUCUGGGGCAGCUUUCUUCCCACCGCUCUUGGGAAUUCCACCAUUGUUUGCACCACCUGCCCAAAAUCACGAUUCUACUCCAUUCCACUCAAGAGCUACAGGAAAAAAUAGUCGGGGCAGUACAGAAAAAGGUAUAAAUGGAUCACUGAAUGGGAACAGUACCACUGCAGUAUGUGGUAUCAGCACAUCUGUACUAUCCACUAGCAUUGCAGCAUCUGCAGGACAAGUGAAAACUAUAACCUCAGGAGCAGGGGGUCGCAAAUACAACCAGGAACAAAGCAAAGCUCAGCUUUUGGACACCAGAGCUGACAAAAUCAAAGAUAAGAAGCCCAGAAAAAAAGCAGUGGAAAGCUCCAGUAAUAGCGACAGUGAUUCAGGCUCUUCUUCAGACACAUCAAGUGAAGGCAUAAGUAGUAGCGACUCUGAUGAUCUAGAGGAGGAUGAAGAAGAGGAGGAGGAGGACCAGAGUGCUGAAGAAAGUGAAGAUGAUGAAUCUGAUUCUGAAAAUGAAGCACAUCACAAACCCAAGAACAAGGUGCUAAUGCAUAGUGGUGUAACAGAUAUGAAAACUGAUGGACAAAAAACACUUGAAAAGUCCCAAGAAAAAAGAACACACCAGCAGAUACCUCUUGUGUCUGAUUCCCAGACUCACUCAUCGUUCCAGUCCCAGCAGAAGCAGCCUCAGGUUUUGUCACAGCAGCUUCCAUUUAUUUUCCAAAGCUCUCAGGCAAAGGAGGAAUCUGUGAACAAACACACUAGCGUAAUACAGUCUACAGGAUUGGUUCCCAAUGUGAAACCUUUGUCUUUGGUACAUCAAGCCAAAAAGGAAACCUAUUUAAAACUCCUAGUUCCGUCCUCUGAUCUACUCAAAGCAGGGAAUAAGAAUACCUCUGAAGACUCUAUCCCUUUGACCAGCGAUAUACGAUCAAAACGAGAACAAUAUAAACAGACAUUCCCAGCAGCACAUCUAAAGAAACAAGAAUCAUCUAAGAACCUGAAGAAGGUUAUUGCAGCUUUGUCAAGCUCCAAACCAACAUCUAGUUCACCAGCUCAUCAAAAACUCACAUCUUUGGAAAACAACCAUUCUAAUCCAUUCCUGACAAAUGCACUUUUAGGUAAUCACCAACCCAAUGGAGUUAUUCAGAGCGUCAUCCAGGAGGCUCCUCUUGCACUUACUACGAAACCGAAAUCCCAGACCAAGAUCAAUGAAAGUGUAGCCAUUUCUAGCAGUACCCCCUUUUCUUUGCCAGUGAACUUGAGUGCAUGUGGGAAAAAACCAACUGGUAACCGGACACCUGUUAUGCCGUCUACCUCUCCUGUGUUACCUGGUUCAGGAAAAGACAAAGCAGUCAGCAAUAAUGCAGUAAAUGCAGUAAAAACACAACACCGCCUUCAUUCUCCAAAACUGGUGGUGGAGCAGUUCAGAGGGGUAGACUCAGAUGCCCCCAGCAGUAAGGACUCUGACGACUCAAAUGAUGAUGAUGAUGACGAUGAAGAUGAAGAUGAGGAUGAUGAAGAUGAUGAUUCUGAUGAUAGCCAAUCAGAGUCCGACAGUAAUUCUGAAUCGGAUACCGAAGGGUCUGAAGAUGAAGAUGAUGAGGAUGAUAAGGAUCAAGAUGAAUCAGAUACAGACACUGAGGGAGAAAAAACUCCACUGAAACUGAAUAAAACUGCUUCCUCCAUGAAGAGCUCUUCCAUUGGUCCUGCAGCUCAUUCCACCCCACUUAAUCUCCAAGCAGCAAAGGCCCCAAGCUCUGCACCAGCUGCUUUAUGUCCAGAGUCCCAGCCUGCAGUUUUUCUUGGGACAGCACCAUCUACUCUUACACCAAGUACACACUGUGGCAUUUCAAAAAGAAGAAGAGUAACCGAUGAACGGGAGCUGCGUGUUCCUCUAGAAUAUGGCUGGCAAAGAGAAACCCGUAUAAGAAACUUUGGUGGUCGUCUUCAAGGAGAAGUAGCGUAUUUUGCACCUUGUGGAAAGAAGUUGAGACAGUAUCCUGAAGUAGUAAAGGGCGUUCAGUGGUGUCUUCUGAAGGAAGAGGAGGUCAUUCCCCGUAUCAGGGCUAUGGAGGGGCGUAGAGGACGACCACCAAAUCCAGACAGACAGCAUUCAAGAGAGGAAUCAAGAAUGAGACGACGCAAAGGCCGACCUCCAAACGUUGGCAGCACUGAAUUUCUAGACAACACUGAUGCAAAGCUUUUAAGAAAGCUACAGGCUCAAGAAAUAGCUAGACAAGCAGCACAAAUAAAGCUACUAAGAAAACUCCAGAAGCAGGAACAAGCUCGAGCUGCCAAAGAAGCAAAAAAACAGCAAGCUAUUAUGGCAGCUGAAGAAAAGAGAAAGCAAAAAGAGCAGAUAAAGAUAAUGAAGCAGCAGGAGAAAAUUAAGCGUAUCCAGCAAAUCAGAAUGGAGAAAGAGCUUCGAGCUCAACAAAUUUUAGAGGCAAAAAAGAAAAAGAAGGAAGAAGCAGCAAAUGCCAAAUUAUUGGAAGCUGAAAAGCGAAUCAAGGAAAAAGAGAUGCGAAGGCAGCAAGCUGUUCUUCUCAAGCACCAGGAGUUGGAGAGGCAUAGACUAGAUAUGGAACGAGAAAGGAGAAGACAACAUAUGAUGCUUAUGAAAGCCAUGGAAGCACGUAAAAAAGCAGAAGAAAAAGAGCGGUUAAAGCAAGAAAAACGUGAUGAAAAAAGAUUAAAUAAAGAACGUAAACUAGAACAGCGAAGAUUGGAAUUGGAAAUGGCAAAGGAGCUAAAGAAGCCUAAUGAAGAUAUGUGCUUAGCAGAUCAGAAGCCUUUGCCAGACCUGCCUCGCAUUCCAGGCCUUGUUCUUGCUGGAAGCACAUUUUCAGAUUGUCUCAUGGUAGUGCAGUUCUUGCGUAACUUUGGUAAAGUUCUUGGCUUUGAUGUGAAUACGGAAGUCCCUUCUCUGAGUAUUCUUCAAGAGGGUUUGCUAAACAUAGGGGACAGCAUGGGAGAAAUACAAGACUUGCUUGUAAAGCUAGUCUCUGCAGCUGUUUGUGAUCCAGGACUUGUUACAGGAUACAAGGCUAAGACUAUUCUUGGGGAGCACUUACUGAACGUUGGCAUCAAUCGAGAUAAUGUAUCUGAGAUUCUGCAGAUAUUUAUGGAGGCUCACUGUGGGCAAACUGAGCUUACAGAGAGCUUGAAGACGAGAGCUUUUCAGGCACAUACUCCAGCUCAGAAAGCAGCAGUUCUUGCUUUCCUCGUCAAUGAGUUAGCUUGCAGUAAAAGUGUGGUCAGUGAAAUUGACAAAAACAUUGAUUAUAUGUCAAAUUUAAGGAGAGAUAAGUGGAUGGUUGAAGGCAAACUUCGGAAGCUUAGAAUAAUUCAUGCCAAAAAAACUGGCAAAAGAGAUACUACAGGAGGUGGUGACAUAGGAGAGGAACAGCAGUCUUUGGAAACACCAACACCAGGCCGCAAACGCAGACGAAAGGGUGGGGACAGUGAUGAUGAUGAUGACGACGACGAUGAUAGUGAUGAUCAGGCAGAUGAGGAUGAGGAAGAUGAAGAGGACAAAGAAGAUAAGAAAGGAAAGAAGGCAGAAGUUUGUGAGGAUGAGGAUGAUGGAGACCAGACAGCAAGUGUUGAAGAACUAGAGAAGCAGAUUGAAAAACUGACAAAGCAACAAAGCCAGUAUAGAAAGAAAUUAUUUGAAGCUUCACACUGUUUGCGUUCAAUGAUGUUUGGUCAAGAUCGUUACAGGCGCCGGUAUUGGAUUCUGCCCCAGUGUGGUGGUGUUUUUGUAGAAGGCAUGGAAAGUGGUGAAGGUCUAGAAGAAAUUGCAAAAGAAAAAGAGAAGUUAAAAAAAGUAGAAAGCAUUCAUAUCAAAGAAGAGGUAUUUGAGACCUCUGAAGAAAAAUUACACUGUUUAAAUACAACUCACUGUGAGCAAAAGGAAGAUCUGAAAGAAAAGGACAACACCAAUUUGUUUUUACAAAAGCCAGGAUCAUUUUCAAAACUGAGCAAACUCUUAGAGGUAGCAAAAAUGCCACCUGAAUCUGACAUUAUUUCCCAAAAACCUACUGGCAGUGCAGCAAAUGGAUGCACGUUAUCCUAUCAGAGUUCCUCCCAAAACUCUCUGUGCAGUCUUCAGCCCAGUGUAUCACAAAGUGGCAACGAGAAGUCCGAUUCUAAUAAUCUUUUCAGUCCCAUUCCAAGCGGGACAGGAAAGUUUUACAAUUCUCCACUAAUUCCAAGUGAUCAGUUGUUAAAGACUCUUACUGAAAAGAGCAGACAGUGGUUCAGCCUUUUACCGAGAAUACCCUGUGAUGACAUGUCAGUCACCCAUAUAGAUACACCAGCUACUACAACUUCCCUUACUCCUCAACCACAUCCACCAUCAAAGUCACCUUCACCUGUUCCAUCACCUCUUCUGGGCUCAACAUCUGCACAGAGUCCAGCAGGAUUAAGUCCUUUUGCAUUGCCACCACUGCAGCAGAUGAAGAGUGGAUUGCCUAUAAUGGGACUUCAGUUUUGUGGAUGGUCUACAGGAGUUCUUACUUCAAAUGUUCCAUUUUCAUCUCCUUUACCUGCUAUUGGAUCAGGGUUGGGAUUAUCAGAAGGAAAUGGUAACCCAUUCUUGACAUCUAGUGUUCCUACAAGUAAAAGUGAAUCACCAGCACUACAGACUGAAAAAAUAGCUUCUGCUCCCUGUACAGCAGUGGAAGUAGCCAAGCCAGUAGAUUACCCAAACCCAAAACCCAUACCAGAAGAAAUGCAGUAUGGGUGGUGGAGGAUUACCGAUCCCGAGGAACUAAAAUCUUUGCAUAAAGUGUUGCAUCUCAGGGGAAUAAGAGAAAAGGCCUUACAAAAGCAAAUACAGAAACACAUGGAUUAUAUCACUAUGGCCUGCAUAAAAAAUAAGGAUGUUGCAAUUAUUGAUAUCAAUGAAAGUGAAGAUAACCAGGUAACUCGAGAUGUUGUGGAAAACUGGUCAGUAGAAGAACAAGCAAUGGAGAUGGAUUUGGCUAUUCUUCAGCAGGUGGAAGAUCUAGAGAGGAGAGUUGCAUCAGCUAGUUUGCAAGUUAAGGGCUGGCUGUGUCCUGAACCUGCAUCAGAAAGAGAAGACUUGGUAUAUCAUGAACAUAAGUCAAUUACUAGAUUGCACAAGAAGCACGAUGGGGAUUGUGCUGGAGGCGGAGAAGGCAGUACCAGCUCUCUAGAGCGGAAGAGUGACAACCCUCUAGAUAUAGCUGUAACCAGGCUUGCUGACUUGGAGCGGAACAUUGAGCGAAGGUAUCUGAAGAGCCCCUUAAGUACCACCAUUCAGAUCAAACUGGAUAAUGUGGGCACAGUUACUGUCCCUGCUCCUGCACCAUCCAUUAGUGGUGAUGGUGACGGAGCUGAAGAGGAUAUUGCUCCAGGGCUAAGGGUGUGGAGAAGGGCAUUGUCAGAAGCGCGCAGUGCUGCACAAGUAGCUCUGUGCAUUCAGCAGUUACAGAAAUCGAUAGCAUGGGAAAAAUCUAUUAUGAAAGUCUACUGCCAAAUAUGUCGAAAGGGAGAUAAUGAGGAACUGCUGCUGCUUUGUGAUGGUUGUGAUAAAGGCUGUCAUACUUACUGCCACAGACCCAAGAUCACUACAAUACCAGAUGGUGACUGGUUUUGUCCUGCCUGCAUAGCAAAGGCAAGUGGUCAAACUCUAAAAAUAAAAAAACUUCAAAUGAAAGGGAAAAAAAGUAAUGAGCAAAAGAAAGGAAGGAAAUUAUCUUUAGCAGGAGAUACAGAGGAUGAAGACUCUGCAACUACAAGCAUCUCCUUAAAAAGAGGAAAAUCAGAUCCUAAAAAAAGGAAAAUGGAUGAAAAUGUUUCUGUAAGCCAACUAAAGCAAGAAAAUUUCACUGCUAUUAAGAAACCUAAAAGAGAUGAUUCAAAGGACCUGGCUAUAUGCAGCAUGAUUCUCUCAGAAUUGGAAACUCAUGAAGAUGCCUGGCCUUUCUUACUUCCUGUAAACUUGAAACUUGUUCCUGGUUAUAAGAAAGUUAUUAAAAAACCUAUGGACUUUUCUACCAUUAGAGACAAGCUAACUAGUGGGCAGUACCCUAACCUUGAGGCAUUUUCGCUAGAUGUCAGGCUUGUUUUUGACAACUGUGAAACCUUUAAUGAAGAUGAUUCUGACAUAGGCAGGGCUGGCCACAACAUGAGGAAAUAUUUUGAAAAAAAAUGGACAGAGAUUUUCAAAUUGAGCUGAAGUUACCAGAACUCAUUUUUCUCCUUUAAAUGAGGACUGAUAAGACCAGCAAUGUGAACUGUAGUUACAUGAAAGUGCAAGGCACGUGCAUAACUAAUGACUGUUCUCUUUCCUUAAAAAUAUCACAAAAGAGUGAUACUAGUUCUAAAGGCUUCACUCCUACAGCAACCAUGGCCCCUUGGUUAUUGGUUUGUAUGUUUUAACAAACUAAUUUAGGUAGAACAGGGAAGCACACCCAAAGAAUUUCAAAGAAAGGGGUGUUAUAGUGCAAUAGCAAUUAAAAAUAUAUCAAAACGCACUGAAUAUUCAACCACCAGAGCUCUACUUGGGGAAAUGGUUCUUUUUCCCGUUCAAUAAAUAUCUAUUUUUCAUUUUUUUACUUUGUAGUUUAUUUUUUAGUGAAUGUAUUUAAUUUUAUGAAUUAUUUAUGAUUAUACAACAUCCAGAAUCUUCGUUUUCUGUGAAAAGGAAGAAUUAGAAAAUUGCUUUAAAUCUUGAAAAUACAACAAGGAAUGUUUUAAAAUAUAAAACAAAGCCAAGUGAAACUGUUUACACUGAUGUGCUGUAAAAGCACUAAAAAUUAAACUUUACUGUAGAGUUACAAGUACAUUUAUAUAUAUGUUGCUGCAUCACUUGUGUAGUUAAAUUGUAUUUCAAGACAGUGAAGAAAAAAUUGAGACGUGUAUAUACUGUUCAUUAUUGUUUAUAUUAAGUCUUGUUUUAAAUAUGUAUGAUGUGUACAUAUUGUUUGCAGACAUUAUUGUUUAUGCCUUAGGAGGACAGUAGCAUUUUAUUUUAGUCUUAAGAUAAUUACAGCUAUAUGGCUUGUACAGUAAUUAUCCUCUACCAACACUGUGGAGUCUCCUUAAUCUUGGUAGUGCCUGCCUUCAAAACAGGGUGUAGGGGAUAUUGGUUUUCCAUUUUUCUAUUUUGUUACAUAAUUUCAAGCCACCACAGCCUCAAUUUCAAGUAUAAUCAUUUGUAUUCAUGUGGAAUAAAAUUGUGACGAUUUCCUACGCACACAGUAUUUUUUCAUAGAAACAUUCCCCUCCAUUUGCCUUGCCCCAUAAAUAACAAAAAAGACAUUCGUAACCACUGUGUUUUAUCUACUGUGUGUUGUGGUGGCCUGUUGGGGCAGAUAGAAUUUUUUUUUUUUGUACUAAUGUAAGAGUACUUGAAGUUUUAUUUAAAAGAAAUGUUGUGGAAAGGUAGCAUUCCUUUUCUUUUUUCAUUUUUUCCCUUUUUUUAGGAGUGUUAUUUUACACUAGUAUGUGUGGCACGGAUACAAUAAACGACUGUUUUGCAAACCAGAUUUUCUUGGCGAUUUUAAUAUUUCAAAUCCUGCGUAUACAGGAAUGUUUUUAAUAAUAUCUUGGGAGUCUUGCAUUUAACAUUAAGUUCGUUUGAUGCAUCUAAUUCUCCUGGCCUUUUAAUGGUAACUUGAAGAAAUUGCCAGGCAGAGUAGCAGUUCUACCACCUACUUGAAUGAGCAUAGAUGACGCGGCCUUUAGGUGUAACCAGUUGGCUGCCUAGUGUUUGACCUCUUUCUGCCAGUCCUGCUUAUCACGUGCAUUCACGCUGUAACAACAGUAAUGUAAAUACGUACCACAUUUAAUGUUUCUUAAAAGCAAUGAUGAUUAUAUGGUUUGGGUUUUUUUGGUCUGUAGAAGGGCAUGAGUCAUAAUCAUUGUUCUGACUAAAGAAAGUAGAAUUGUAGAUGAGUGCUGCAGAGCCCCAAUACCUAAAGCUCCCUUGACAAGUAAUUUUUUUAUAUUUUAAAUUAGGCCUGCCAAAUUUGAGCUUUAGUCUUGUUUUUUAUACCCCUUCGCCAUUAUAUUUUCUCCCUCUGCUGAGAGAGUGUCUGGUUUUUAAUAAAAUUUUUGUUUGUUUCUGUUGCCCUCUCCAGAACAUCUUGUUGCAUGUUGUUUUUCUUUUUUCAAGUCUUGUUAGAAGAACCGGUGUUACAUAAAAUAAAAAAAUUCACAUCUGGAUAUUAAAGCAGCCUUGCAUUCUAACACUAGCUCCACCACUGACUGCUUCAUGGCUUUCCUCUUCAUCACAUUUUGGAAGAUUUCAAUUAAAAGGUCUGCUGGUAUGUUUCAGAGAUAUGAAGAGUAAUCUGCAUUUAGAACAUAUAACAGUAGGCUUGUAAGAGUGUUAUAAGUAUGCUUAGAUUAUUGGCAAAAGCAUUUAUUCGAUGCAAAACAAUUGUUUUUAUUUUAUCAGAUUCUGUACUGGUUAAUGUUUUAUCCCCCAUAGUAAAUCUCAUAGUUUUCUGGAAAGUUAGAAUAGAACAUUACAUACAUUACAGCCACAUUACAUACAUAUUUGCAUUUUUCAGCUUGUAUCCUGAUUUGACUGUACAGCUAGGACAGUUAAGGAGCUUGCAGCAAUGAUGAGAGGUGAAGCUUGUCUCACUAACUUUACAUUACCAAUGUAUUGCUUUCCUCGCUAUCAGCCAGUAUUUUCAUUCCAAUUUCAAUAAAAUUAAAUUUACAGAAUUAUAUUUGAAAAGUGAGCCUGAAUCAUAAACAUGCCAUUAUAUGUCUUCUUAGAUAAGAUCAGGGUUUUAACUACUGGAAAAAAUGUGCUUAAUUUUUUCUUACUUGCUAACCUUCUCUCCUGUUAAUGUUCCCAUCCGUCUGUUUUU